AACACAUUUCAAGUUAGUUGAUUAAGUGGGAUUAGAAAUGGCAAACCGUACUGGCAUUAUUUUCUCUACGAUCUUUUUUCUUGGUCCAAUCAGUAUGAUGUGUUCCUCGAUUGUCGACGCGAGGCGAUUGGGUGGUAUAGAUGUGCUCUCGAAAAACAACCAAAAUGGAAUAAAUGUGCUUGCAAACAAUAAUAAAGAUGGUGUAAAUAUACUCGCCAACGGAAACAAAGAUGGUAUAAAUAUACUCGCAGAUGAAAACCAACGUGGAGUAAAUGUGCUUUCAAAUAAGAACAAAGAUGGUGUGAAUGUACUCGCCAACGGGAACGAUGGAGGUGUGAAUGUGCUUUCAAACAAGAACAAAGAUGGUGUGAAUGUACUCGCCAACAGGAACGACGGAGGUGUGAAUGUGCUUUCAAAUAAGAACAAAGAUGGUGGGAAUGUACUCGCCAACGGGAACAACGGAGGUGUGAAUGUGCUUUCAAACAUGAAUAAAGAUGGUGUGAAUGUACUCGCCAACGGGAACGACGGAGGUGUGAAUGUGCUUGCCGACAAGAACAAAGAUGGUGUCAAUGUACUCGCCAACGGGAACGAUGGAGGUGUGAAUGUGCUCGCCGACAAGAACAAAGAUGGUGUGAAUGUAGUCGCCAACAGGAACAAUGGAGGUGUGAAUGUGCUCGCCGAAAAAAACAAAGAUGGUGUGAAUAUACUCGACAACGGGAACAAAGGUGGUGUGAAUGUAGCCACAAACAAAAACGGAAGUGGUUCAAAUGUCGUCACAGACAAAAAAAAAGCGAUACAGAUACGUAUGCGGAUAAUAACUACGAUGGUGGAAAUAAAUACGGAAAUCACUAUUAGUGCCCAAACUAGUACAUUUACCCCCCCCCCCCCCCCCCCCCACCCACACCCACCCCCCCAACUUUUAUUUUGGAAUAAAAGGAAGCUGAGGCGAUUAGGAGGUAUAGAUGUGCUCUCAAACAAAAACCAAGGUGGAGUAAAUGUGAUCGCCGACGACAACAAAAAUGGUGUAAAUGUGCUUUCAGACAAUAACCAAGGCGGAGUAAAUGUGCUUUCUGACAACAACCAAGGUGGAGUAAAUGUGCUCUCGGAUAAGAACCAAGGCGGAGUAAAUGUGCUCGCCGAUAACAACAAAAAUGGUGUGAAUUUUCUUUCAGACAACAACCAAAAUGGAGUGAUUGUACUCUCUAACAAGAACCAAGGUGGAGUAAACGUACUUUCUGACAACAACCAAGGUGGAGCGAAUGUGCUCUCAGAUAAGAACCAGGGAAGAAACCAAGGCGGAGUAAAUGUACUUUCUGACAAAAACCAAGGUGGAGUGAAUGUGCUUUCUGACAACAACCAAGGUGGAGUAAAUUUGCUCGCCGACCAAAACAAAGGAGAUGUCAAUGUGCUCGCUGACAACAACAAAAAUGGUAUAAAUGUGCUUUCGGACAAAAACCAAAACGGAGUGAAUGUACUUUCUGACAAGAACCAAGGUGCUAUAAAUGUGCUUUCUGACAACAACAAAGGAGGAGUGAAUGUUCUCUCAAAUAAGAAACAAGGUGGAGUGAAUGUGCUCGCAGACCAAAAUAAAGGCGGUGUUAAUGUGCUCGCCGACAACAACAACAAUGGUAUAAAUGUGCUUUCAGACAAAAACCAAAACGGAGUGAAUGUACUUUCUGAUAAGAACCAAGGCGGAGUGAAUGUUCUCUCAGAUAAGAACCAAGGUAGAGUAAAUGUGCUCGCCGACCAAAACAAAGGAGGUGUUAAUGUGCUCGCUGACAACAACAACAACAAUGGUGUAAUUGUGCUUUCAGAAAAAAACCAAAACGGAGUGAAUGUACUUUCUGAUAAGAACCAAGGUUUAGUAAAUGUUCUUUCUGAGAACAACAAAGGAGGAGGGAAUGUGCUCGCAGAAAAAAACAAAGGCGGUGUUAAUGUGCUCGCUAACGACAACAAAAAUGGUGUGAAUGUGCUUUCAGACAAAAAACAAAACGGAGUGAAUGUACUUUCUGACAAGAAACAAGGUGGGGUAAAUGUGCUUUCUGACAACAACAAAGGCAGAAUGAAUGUGCUCUCCGAUAAGAACCAAGGGGGAGUAAAUGUUAUAUCAAACAAGAACCAAGGUGGAGUAAAUGUUCUCGCAAACAAGAACCAAGGUGGCGUAAAUGUACUCGCGAAUAGAAAUAAAGGUGGUGUUAACGUGCUCGCGGACAAAAACAAAGGUGGUGUAAAUGUGCUUUCCGAUAAGAACAAAGAUGGUGUAAAUGUACUCACAAACAAAAAUGGAAGUGGUUCAGAUGUUGUCCCAUACAAGAAAGACAGUAGUGCAAAUGUGCCCGCGGAUAACAACAACGAUGGUGAGUAUGAACAUCAUUACUAA